CAUCACUCAGCCUCCUUCCCAGCAUGCCUUGCGCCCGCGGCCGGGCUGGGCCAGAGCAGCCCAAGAUGGCCGACUUCGAGGAUCGGGUGUCGGAUGAGGAGAAGGUACGCAUAGCUGCUAAAUUCAUCACCCAUGCACCCCCAGGAGAGUUUAAUGAAGUAUUCAAUGAUGUUCGGCUACUACUUAAUAAUGACAAUCUCCUCAGGGAAGGGGCAGCACAUGCAUUUGCCCAGUAUAACAUGGAUCAGUUCACACCUGUGAAGAUAGAAGGAUAUGAAGAUCAGGUCCUAAUAACAGAGCACGGUGACCUGGGUAAUAGCAGAUUUUUAGAUCCAAGGAACAAAAUUUCCUUUAAGUUUGAUCACUUACGGAAAGAAGCAAGUGACCCCCAGCCAGAGGAAGUAGAUGGAGGUUUGAAGUCUUGGAGAGAAUCCUGUGACAGUGCUUUAAGAGCCUACGUGAAAGAUCAUUAUUCCAACGGCUUCUGUACUGUUUAUGCUAAAACUAUAGAUGGGCAACAGACUAUAAUUGCAUGUAUUGAAAGCCACCAGUUUCAGCCUAAAAACUUCUGGAAUGGUCGUUGGAGAUCAGAGUGGAAGUUCACAAUCACACCACCUACAGCCCAGGUGGUUGGAGUGCUGAAGAUUCAGGUUCACUAUUAUGAAGAUGGCAAUGUUCAGUUGGUUAGUCAUAAAGAUGUACAAGAUUCAGUAACUGUUUCUAAUGAAAUUCAAACUGCCAAGGACUUUAUUAAAAUCAUAGAGAGUGCAGAAAAUGAGUAUCAGACAGCAAUUAGUGAAAACUAUCAAACAAUGUCAGAUACCACAUUCAAGGCCUUGCGCCGGCAACUCCCAGUUACCCGCACCAAAAUCGACUGGAACAAGAUACUCAGCUACAAGAUUGGCAAAGAAAUGCAGAAUGCUUAAAAGCUGACUAUAGGAUUCUUCAGUGUGUGGAAGGAAAAGGAGUCAACGUGGUCAUAUGAUAAAUAAGUGAUUUAUAAACAAGAGUGAUAUUUUGCUAGGGCUUUCAAAGUUAACUGAUUUUCUAGCCUCAUGGAAUACUGUUGAACCUAUAGCAUUGUCUUAGUAUUUUUUUUUUUUUUGUGUUCUCUACCUUGUAGUUCUCUGUUAUCACUAUAUCUACUAGUGUAAAUCUUUUUUUUUUUCCCCCUCCUUGCUACAUUUAAUGGAGAGAUCUAUCCUGGAGUCAUUUUACAGUUUAGAAAAUUUUCCUAGCCAUGAAUUCCUGUUACUGAUUUAAACAGAAAAUAUGGUCAGUAGGGGUUUUGUUGUUGUUGUUUUUAACCCCUAUUCUUCAAAGCACUUCUGGUACCUGCAGUAGUUUUUACUGAUCCACCAACAGCUAAAGAGGCUAUGCUACAAAAUUAGCUAAAUGGAAGACACAUUCAUCCUUCUCCCUCUGCUUAGAUCAUCACCUAUAACAUCUCACAAAUGUAGUUUGCAGAAGUUUAGACUUUUCAGAUCUAUAGGUUGCGGGGGUGCGCAGAGGAAAUUUUCUAGAAAUUCCAUGAUACUUGGCUUCUCUGGGGAUCUUGUUUUUAAAUCCAAAGAGUUGAACCACAUUCCUUACACAUGAACAUUUGCUUUUUUUUCAUUCUCGCAUUGUCUUCUCAUUAAGCAGCAUUGUAGUUAGAAACAUCUACAUUUUUAGGCAAGUUCUGCCCAUUUAUAUUUUUGUUUCUUCUCCAAGAACUGCUGACAUAUUGUGGAUGUAGUAGAGUAUGAAACUUGAAAAACAUAGAUGUUGAAGGAAUGAAUAAUAGGUAUCUUGUGCUUUAAGAUUUUGUGGCAGGAUUGUAAUAUAAGCAAAUGAAACAGACAACUAUGUAAAUCACAAAAACUAAAAAUGAACCAAAGUGAAAAGGAUAACUUCCAGGCAGUAUCUUUCUAUUAUUACCUGUUAUUUAAGGGAAUACUAGUGUUUUCUUCUAAAUAGGUGUAAAACUUGUUCCAAAUUACUCUUCCUUGAUCCAGCCUGCCAAGAACUCAUGUAACUGUGAUAUAAGCAACCCUUCCCAGGUAUAUUGGCAGGUAUGUUUAUGAUCUCAGAAUAUGCAGGUAACAUAGAUAUGAUAAUGACAACUGGUAAUGGUGGAUUCAUUUACAUUGUUUACACUUCUAUGACCAGGCCUUAAAGGAAGGUCAGUUUUUUAAAAACCAAGUAGUGUCUUCCUACCUGUCUCCAAAUAAUUGUCAAAACAGAAGGGUGUUUGUGCUUCAGCUUUGUUUUUGCUCUGUAAUACAGUCAAGCAACAGUUUGUUUCUCAGUGAAAGCUAUGUAAGCAUUUUUGUUUAUUUCAAAUAAAAUAUAUUUGUAUUAUUUGUCAUUCA